UUGGAGUUUCCAGACCUUUGGCUUGCUCAUUUUCACUGAAUUUUUCUCGCAUCCUAAAAUUAUUUGGCAAAGAAAAUGGACGGGGUGAAUUUCUCAUCAACGUUACAAUGGCCCUACCUAGCUCUCAUGGCAAGAAGUUCAUGGGAAAGAUUUUCGAAGAAAAGUCUGGUGGGUUUGUCACUUGUGAGACCCAUUCCGAAGAAAAGCGUGUUGACAAUAUAGUGGGUAUUGCAUAUGUAAUGGAUAUGCUAGAUUAUGUUGAAAAGGAUAUGGUGAAGCUUGUGAUUCAGAGAUGUACUAGAGAAGCUGGUGUGCGAAAUCUAGAGAGAAACUUAGCUGCCCUGGCUUGUGCAGCUGCUGUCGAAGCUGCUGAGCAAGAAUGUGCAGUUCCAGUCAGCAAAGAUGGUGCUGAAGUUGAAAUGGAAGUCAUUCCAAUGGGUGUUAACGGACAUGAAAUAUCAAAUGCUCUUAGGAGUACCCCAGCAUUGGUUGUAGAUGAGGCUAUGCUGGAAAAGAUACUGGGGCCUCCUAGGUUUGAUGACAGAGAAACUACAGAACGUAUGGCAACUCCUGGAGUUUCAGUUGGGCUUGUCUGGACCUCCUUUGGUGGAGACGUCCAGUUCGUUGAGGCCACAUCAAUGGUGGGAAAGGGUGAUUUGCAUCUCACUGGCCAACUUGGUGAUGUUAUCAAAGAAUCUACUCAAAUAGCUCUAACAUGGAAAAUGUUUUUGGGGUGGCGAUUUCUCCAGUCAAAGAAGACGCACCGUUGCCAAGAUUCCAUUAACCUGAUGUUCCAACAGAUGCUUUCAGACAACCGAACAAGCUGUAGUUGUUCAUCAGCCAAGCAAAAGUCAUACCCAAAUCUUGCGUUGUGACUUUGUAUUAUUUGUGGAACCUAAUGUUGUGUAAUAGUUUGAUUGAGUUUGUUUUGAAAACUUUAAAUAGUAAACAAGUGAGAUUGAUUGUUUGAUUGAGUUGUUAACUAUUUUGUUGGUAUUAUGGCUUUCAUGAUUGAUUGUUUCA